UUAAAUGUAUUCCUGGCUGUACAAUGCUAGUGUGUUCGUUGUCCCAUCGCGAUAGUGUUGAUGUCCUGUGUUUAGGGCGGGGAUAUUAAGAAGAGGAGGGUGAUCUUUCCCGUGUUUGGGCAAAAUUCACAAUACAUUUAACAAAGGGCAGUGGCGAAGACACAUGGAUUGGGUUGUUUUCUAAAACAACAGAACCACCAAAUAAAUGAACAUAGGCCAUUUUUUUUGGCCGUGUUUAAAAGCGAAGUAAUGAGAGAUAAGACUGAAGAAGGGCCCAGACCCGAAACGUCACCUAUCCAUGUCCUCCAGAGAGGCUGCCUGAUCCGCUGAGUUACUCCAGCACUUUGUCUUUUGUUAAAUAAACCAGUUUCCCCAAACACUCAUUGUGUACAGACAGCCCUAUCGAGUUACGUACACCAGCUAGUCACAAACGCACCCCACGUUGUAUGCCCGCUUUCUUUGCAUCACCGUGGAUAACGGGUUUGGGUACACCCCUGAUUUGCCUCUUAUUUUAUCUUUAGUUUGUACCACUGUGUUUAUUUUUUACUCUUCAUAAAGACAAAUAUCGUGGCGGCAAUUUACCAGAACAGCUGAUCCCCGACCGAGUUUCACUUUCGUUUCCCGAAUGUAGUUAAAAUAAUCAUGAUUCGAAAAACAAAAGGCAAAUUGCUGUGACUCGCGUCUUCUCGGCUGCGGUUUCGGUGACGCCUUGUACCUCUCGCUCGCUCUCACCCCCCCCACCCUCCCCUUAUUUCAUUUUACCUUCGCAUUGAGAGCGACACUCUAGGCUCGAGUUGAAUUUGAGACAGUACCAGCAGUCAAAAUGUCCAAAAAACUAAGCAUGAAGCAGAGACGUGAAGUCGGGCUGCAGUUUAUAAGUUUUCUCCAGGAAAUAGGCCAGCAAGAUGUGACCGACAAAGCGCAACUUAAAUCCAUUUACAAUUCUCAGUUCAAGUGCAGAGAUGGUGUUUUGAGUGCGAAUUUCUCCGGUGUGAUUUAUGCUCUGACAAAAUCGAACAAAGCCCGAGUGAGCAAGGGUGAGAUUAUCAUUAACUCUCAGAGGAGAAAGGUGGUGUAUGUCAACCAGUAUUGGCAACGAUCCAACUCCACCGGCAAUCUGGGAUCAGCACAGUCUCCGGCCAUUGUCCCUGAGCCUGGGAGGAGGGGCCGCGCCAAACACAUCAUCCGCCAGCUGAAACGCAACAGGGAAGACUUGAUCAAGGAUAAAGAUGGCAUAACGGUAAAGUCAGACUUUGACACCGAUGGCGGGAAGAUCCAAGUACCAGUCAGCUGCAAUCAGAGGAAAACUGUCGAGAUCGAGGUGACGAACGAGGGGACCGAUGCGGUGAAGUUUGUACGAUGUGAGAUGCUUCGCCGCUUCCGCGUCUUCACCUUGGACGAUGAGAAGAAGGUGACUAAUUCCCAACCCUUGCAGCUGCAUGCAGGAGAAACCUAUAAAAUUGAAGUCAUUUGCUCGAUGACUGAUCGUGGCUAUGUCCCGGUUACACUGGUCUUUCAGUUCCAAGAUGAGAGCUUAAAAACAUUUUACAUCAUUCGCUUCUUCUCGGCAAGGACAAUCAGCGAGCUGUUCGAAGAAUUGAAGCCCACCGCUCCCUACAAGCCAACCCAGCAUUGCACCCUGCGAGCAACCGAAGAGAUUAUUGAAGAAGGAGAGAAGCCGGACUGUUUUGUCAACAACCAGUUGGAAAGAGAAAUCCCUCUUGGCGUGUACAAAUACUCUAAAAGCUUUCACAAAGCUGUGAAGAGCGGACUGAAGGAUAUCCCUAAUCUCAGUCCUGAUGUGAUGUCUGAGAUUCAAAGGAUUAAUUCUUUACUGGCAUCUAAUCUGGACUUUGAGAACUAUGCAGAGAGAUUCGUAUUGUUGCUCCAUCUGGAGGAGAUUCAGAUGGAAGUUGACAUUACAAAAUACAACAUGGAGAAUGCCCCAAUGACUCGGGAAGGAAGGCUUCUUGUUCUCAAGGUCCCUGGUGUUGCUGAAAAUAGACCCUCCGUGCUUCGAGGAGACCACCUGCUGGCGUCGAAGAGUGAUGAUCGGAGGCAACCAAGAACUUGCUACAAGGGCUACGUCCAUCAAGUGGAGCUGGAAAGGGUCAAAUUGGGAUUUUCACAAAAGCUCCUGAAUGAAUUUAUAGAAAAAAUGAGGUUCAAUGUCUCGUUCACGUUUAACCGAUUCCCAUUAAAAAUGCAACAUCGCGCUGCACAAUUAGCAAAGGACACUGGUCUAAUGAAUGUGCUCUUUCCAACAUUUUCAUACGACAUGUGCAUCCAUCCUUUGGACAGAAAUUUGAACUUUUAUGAUCGGUCUCUUGCGGAAAAUCCUGAACAAGCCAGAGCAGUCAGUUGUAUCGUUGCCGGGAUCUCCAGACCUGCUCCAUACUUGAUAUUUGGCCCACCAGGAACUGGGAAGACUGUCACUAUUGUGGAAGCGAUCAAACAGGUGCUGCAUUGUAUACCGACUGCCCGCAUCCUUGCUUGUGCACCAUCCAACAGCGCCACUGACCUCCUGUGCCAGAAAAUCAGUAGGUCUGUGGAAAAGAGACACAUUUACCGCAUCAACGCUGUCAGCCGGAGCUGGGACACUGUACCCCAAGAUGUGAAGGAUUUCUCAAACUGGAAUGAAGAAAAUAGGUGUUUUGAGUUCCCAUCCAAAGAGAAACUAAUGCAAUAUCGAGUUAUUACCAGCACUUUGAUAACUGCUGGAAGGUUGGCCUCUGCAAAUUUCCCACAUGGCCAUUUCUCUCACGUGUUCAUAGAUGAGGCUGGACAUGCUGUUGAACCUGAAAGUAUCAUCGCCAUUGCAGGGUUGCUUGAUCCGAUGGAUGUGGAAAACAACAAAGAUGGUGGCCAGUUGGUCCUGGUUGGCGAUCCAAAGCAGCUGGGACCAGUGCUGAGAUCCCCCAUCGCCAUCAACCAUGGACUAGACUUGUCCUUGCUGGAGCGCCCAAAAGCUAACCUCUACUGUGCUGAGGCCAGGCGCGAGUUCUCAAACGUCUGCUUAUACUUAUGCCUUGACCAUGUCCCAAUGAGAAAGUCUUGCACCAUGUUUGACUAUUUACCGUCGUGUUUGUGGUUGCUGUUUAUUAGAUCCCAUCCUCAGAUCCUCAAGAUUCCUAAUGAAUUGUUCUACGACAUGGAGCUUGAAAAUCACCAGGAUCCAUUCAUCAGCAACUCUUACUGCCAGUGGGAACAUUUGCCAAAGAAGGAUUUCCCGUUAAUCUUCCAUGGAAUUCUUGGAGUAGAUGAUAGAGAAGAAAAGAGCCCAUCCUUCUUCAAUAUUGAUGAGAUUGAUGAAGUGCUGCGCUACCUCAAACACCUGCUGCUCAACCCGGGGAAGAAGGGUAUCGGCAAGAUUUCGCCCAAAGAAAUUGGUGUGAUUACUCCGUACAGGAAACAGGUGGAGAAAAUCCGAAGAGCGAUAAAUGUAGUGGACAAGGAGCUGAAGGGGAUGAAUAACAUCAAGGAGUUGAAGGUGGGGUCGGUGGAGGAGUUCCAGGGCCAGGAGCGGAGGGUGAUCAUCAUCUCCACUGUCCGAAGCUGCAGUGACUAUCUACAGAUGGAUGAGGAUUUCAACCUGGGUUUCCUCAAAAACCCAAAGCGGUUUAAUGUUGCAAUGACCAGAGCCAAGGCCCUGCUGAUAGUGGUUGGAAACCCUGUAAUCCUCGCCAAGGAUCGAAACUGGGACAAGUUUCUGAAUCACUGUACGAUCAAUGAAGGUUAUAUCGGCCACAGAUUUGAAGAUGAUGAUAUUGAAAAUGACCUCAUUGAUAACCUUGCUCAGCUCCACCUUGGCACUGAAUUAACAGAAGGUCCUGAUAGCAUCAGCAUUAUCCAACAACAGCUGGAUCCAGAAUAGAGGAGUGGAGUUUGAUUGAAUCUGCACAAGAAAACAUGUAUAGUACCCUGAGUGAUUUAAAAUGGAAGACAAUGCUGUCUGUUAGGCAAAUCUUUAUACAAAUAUAUUUAAACCAGUUGGAAACUAAUUUCUCAAUUGAAUCUGGGCCAAAAAUGUAAUAAAUUUCAGAAUUGUGCAAAUUUUAAUAAUUUUCUACUAAUGUCUUUUUGUAGUUUUAUGUCAAUGCUGCAGUUCUAAAUUAAGGUUUCUCAGAAUAUUUUUCUAUGGCUGCAUUUGUACUGUUUUGGUAAAUAUUGAAGUGGUUUUUGAGUCGUAUGCAAUUCAAGUUCCAUUAUAAAUUGCUUGGUCACUUUGAUACAGACUAGGAAUAUUCCACUUCAUGAUUUUGACCAGUGAACUGGCUUAAUUUGAUUAUACCCAGGUCACAGGGCUUGGCAAUUAGAAUGAGUGUGCAUCAACCAAAGAUCCUUAUUGCUCUUUGAAGCUCGUGGGCAAGCUCAGACUUUAGGAAAGUGCUGAAUGCCCAAUAUCUUUCAUAUUUAUCUGGCCCAUUUCUCUUGGUGACUGCACAACAAUAAAACAGGUUGGUAAAAUGUGAAUGGGAAAUACUUGUCAGAUCUGCUUAUCUAAUCAUUUGCCUUUGAUUAGUAUUUGCUUUAUUUAAUCAACAGAUAGCCUUUCUCCUAGGUAGUCAUCCUCAUAUUGGGAAGCAAGUUAAGAUGAAGAGAAUUUAAAAUUGUUGCACUAUAGAUGUGAAUUUCUUUUUUCUUUCCUCCCAACACCCAAAUCCACGUUUCCUCAUUUUUAGUUUCAUUAAAGAUGAAAUGAGACUAAAUGUGGUGGCAGUGAUUGUUGGCAGUGUGUAUCUUGAAUGUUUUGUCUGUGGAAUCCAAUGGAAAGUUCAAAUAAAGUGUAUUGUAUAAAA